AGCAUUGGUCAUAAUGAUUCCUCUAAGACUUUCCUUGGCAGUAAUAUGUGCAUUAAGUACUUGGAAUAUAGUACAGGCUACAAGCUGUGGGGAACGUCAGCAUAAGGUAGAUGAGCGAUGCUGUAAUAAGUGUCCUCCAGGUUCAUAUAUGAAGGACAUUUGCACAGAGACACAGCAAACUGUCUGUCGCCCCUGUAAGGAAGGUUUCUACUCACACCAAUAUAACAUGUUCGACAGAUGUGAGGAAUGCCGUUCAUGCCAACAUGAUUAUGCUGAGAAGUGCAAUACCACCACAAAUGCAAACUGUUCGUGCCGCUCUGGUUUCCUGUGCUCCAACAAUGUCUGUUCCGAGUGUCAGGAAAACAAAUGCGUCACAGGGGAAAAACCGAAGAGAACAGAGAUUUCCUUGGAUGCCAAGUUGAUAAAGUAUACGUAUGAGUGUGAGCCUUGUCCUGAGAAGAGAUAUGUUGAUUCAAAAGAGGAUCUUUGCAAGCUGACCAGUGAACAAAGACCAGAGACACACAGAGAUGGUGUAGACUACGUUCAUGUGAUCCUUGGCAUCGGCUUUGUUCUGGUUUCUCUCACCCUCCUUGUGUUCCUCUGUUAUGCCUGUGUGAAGAACGUAAAGAAGCAGAGAACAUAUAACUAUUCUAUAGAAGUCUUAGCGUUCUCCACCAACACGAGUGACUUCCGCCUGUCGAAGGAGGAGAGUGGGAGCGAGCUCAUCAUGCAGGAUGAAUCCAAGAACAGCAACAGUAUUGGCCCCCUGUGUCUGGAAGAAGUCGGGACUUCACUUUAUUCUUUCCGUUGACUAAAAUAAUUUUGAUGUAAUGUUACAAAUCAUCGUUUUUGCUAUUAGCAUACAUAUAAACCUGUUCAAUGAAGGGUCAAUGAAGCACAAUUCUGAACGAUAAGUUCGUGCUUCCAUAUACAGCCGCAGGAAAGUGAAAUACCAGGAUUUGUCUGACUAACAUGUGAAGGUAUUAUAACAAAUGGGUCCAACAUUCAACCUUUUGGGGAGGGAAUUAUUAUUUUUUUGCCUGGAUUUAGUUAAAAAAGCCUACCAAACCAAAAGGUUUAUGGUCAUACUAAUGGUAAUUUCUAAACAUUGUAUAACUACUAAAUAAGAAAGUAUUAUACAGGGUGUACUAAACAGUACAUCCUGUUAUAUUACCAGCUAAAUCUAUAGUUUGAAUAAACUGUUAAAUCCAAACUCAUUAUAUUAUAUUACAACCACAACAAAAACAAACAGACAUGUUUGUAUAACACUAUAUACACCAAAGCACACAGCAUCUUGGAGACCUGUAGUUUGUGGUCCCAUAUUAUGAAUCCUGGCAGACUGUAAAUGUUACUUAUGUGUACUAUAGGCCUAUUAUGUAUUUUUUUUCCCCUUGUGAUUUUGUUUGUUAUGUUAUGUAUGCAUAUGUUCAUGCUUGGACAUCAGCAUAGUUUGCAUUUAUUGUGUAUUUACAUCUCUUGACUUGUUCUGUUAUUUCAAAAAUAAAGAAUAAAGUGAAAA